AUGGUUGGCCCGACAGUCUCUCUUUCAACACUAAACCGUGCCGAUGGUUCAGCAACAUACAAAUGCCCAGCCACGGGCUACAACAUCCUGGGCGCAGUCAACGGCCCUAUCGAGCUCCCAGCGCGUCGCGCCGAAUUGAAACCCGAAGAAGCAACCGUGGAGGUCUUUGUUAAGCCUGGUACAACCACCGCUGGCGUGGGAGAAAAAUAUGUCGAAUCUAUAUUGCGGUCUGUGCUCGGACAGAUCGUACUAGGACGGGAGAAGGGCUUUGCUCGCCGCGGUGUGGUCCUCACUUUGAACAUUGUUGGGGGAGAGAAGGUUCAACGUGGUGAUUCGUACCUUACCAUCCUCCCAGCUCUCCUGCAUGCAUCCCUGCUCGCCAUGAUUUCCGCCUCCAUUCCUCUGGCCAUGACCUUCUCUGCUGUCCUUCUCGGUGUGACCAAGUCUGGUGAAAUUUUGCGGGAUCCCUCCCCGAGCGUCGCCAAGACUGCUGUGUCCCUUCACGCUCUGGCAAUCUCGUCGAAGAAUCACCUGCUGUUCAACGAGAGCGAGGGCCGAUUUGACUUCGAUACUUGGGAGCUCGUCCGGGAACGUGCCCUCUCCAUUUGCCAGGGUGAAGCAAGCGCCGAUGGCGAUGUUGCCAUGAGCGAAGGUGCGAACACAGCCAGCGUGAACGCAUUCAUCCGCGAGAAUGUGGAGGACCAGAUCUACAGCGACUACGCACACAAGCUUGACUCUAUCUGA